GGCACUACCUACUUUGCUCUGCUAUUAAUCACUCAUGAUGCAAGCACUCCCACCCAUUUCUGAGAACAGUGUAGGCAGUCUGAUAACUCCCAGGCUUGAAGCUGCCCUUAUAAAGUUCCACUUUUACAUACUUCCUCAUACUGCUAGUUUCUCUGCAAAGAUGAAGCUUCUCCUUUACUUAUUCUUGCUGAAGACAGCUCUCCUUGCUGUAACAAAUGUUUUUGCAGUUGUUUUAGAAGAUGAAGAGGAUGCUAAAGAAGGAAAAGUUACUGAGACCUGUCCUAUAAAGCUCAAAACUAAUCGGAAAUGUGAUGAAGGUGAGGAUUGUCCAUAUCAGAUAAAUCUGCCUCCAAUGACCAUGCAGUUACCCAAAGAAUUCAGACUGCUUGAGAAGACUCUCAAAGAAGUACAGACACUUAAGGAAGCAGUAAACAAGCUGAAGAAAUGCUGCCAAGAUUGCAAGCUGCAGGCAGAUGACAACCGAGAAAGAGACAGUAGCAAUGAAUUCCUUCCACCAAAUGCAGAAGCUCUAGCAGAAAACAGUGAAAUCCAAGAUAACAGAGUGAAGGAACUGCAAAGCAAAGUUAACAGAAUGGCAACCAGCUUAAAAAAUGCAAAGAACCAGAUUCAGACACUGCAGGGUCGUUUAGAGAAGAUGAGCCUCAUAAAUAUGAACAAUGUAGAACAUUAUGUUGACAGCAAAGUUGCUAAUUUGACAUUUGUUGUGAACAGCCUUGAUAACAAAUGUUCUACUAAAUGUCCAGCAAUGCAACCAAAACCUGUUAUACAAAUAAUGCAGAGAGACUGUGGUGAUCAUUACACAGCAGGCAGAAGGAGUAACGGAAUCUACAGGAUUAGCCCUGACCCCAGAAAUGCUAGCUUUGAAGUUUACUGUGACAUGCAAACACAAGGAGGUGGCUGGACAGUGCUGCAACGGCGACAGGAUGGUAGCACUAACUUUAACAGAACCUGGAACGACUACAAAAAUGGCUUUGGAAACCUCAGCAGGGAGUUUUGGCUUGGGAAUGACAAAAUUCACCUCUUGACAAAGAGCCAGGAAAUGCAACUGAGAAUUGAACUUGAAGAUUUCGAUGGUAUCAGGGAGUAUGCGAAAUACGAACACUUCUAUGUGGCCAACGAAUAUCUAAAAUACCGUCUAAGUGUUCACGGCUAUAGCGGCACAGCAGGAGAUGCUCUUCACUACAGCAAGCACUACAACCAUGACCAAAAGUUCUUCACAACUCCAGACAAGGACAAUGAUAGGUAUCCUUCAGGAAACUGUGGAGCAUACUACAGCUCUGGCUGGUGGUUUGAUGCAUGCUUGUCUGCCAACCUCAAUGGCAAGUACUACCACAAGAAAUACAAAGGUGUUCGCAAUGGCAUUUUCUGGGGUACAUGGCAUGGUAUGUCUGACGGUAUUCCCAGUGGAUACAGGCAAGCCUUUAAAUCAGUAAAAAUCAUGAUAAGACCCAAAAGUUUCGUGAGGUAAUUCUAUAUCUUUCUCCUAACUAGUUUGCAUUGGAAUGCACUCAAAGUCAUACUUACUCAGUAUUAUACUCAGAAUUCAACUAUUCAGUUAUGUUUGGCAUAAAAUAGUCCUAGGCAAAACAACAUAUUUCCACAUAAAUUUUUAGAGAUGGUUGGUCCCAUAUAAUGUAUUAAAAACAGCAUGAAUGUUUCUGAAUAGUUAUUGCUAAAAUUUAGCACAGUUUAAGUCUUGGUAUUGUUAUGUACAUAUUCUAAACAUUGCUUUUGGUGCUUUUACUGACUGUGAUAUACCAGAUUUUAUGAUUUAAAACAUUUAAAUGGUCUUCUACAAAUUGUGUCUGAAUGAACACCUACAAUUUAACCUGAAAUUAAGUCGGAGGUAUAACUGCUAACAUAUAAACUUGUCAACGCUUAGAAUGAAAAUUAGUCUUUUUGAAACAGCUUGGUGUUUUAUAUCAUCUUUCCUACACAACUUCAAAGGUGUACCAUAGCAAUAUCAAUACAAGCUAGGAGAAGUACUACUUGUCCUUUUUCAAGGACAAGAAAACAGAGGGCCACAUGGCUGGUCCAAAGACAGGAAAAAAAGCCUUGAAGAAAACUUAGAAACUGAAGACGAUUCCUCAAAUCUUAUCUCCUUUGUCAAAGAGUAUUCUAACAAGUUGGUUAAAGAAUUGAAUGAAAGCAAGUGGAAAUAUUGUAGAGAGUAUGUAAUGAAAGAGAACAUUUCCUGCUCAUUUUGGUUCCACUGUUCAAGCUUAAGGUCCUAUUUGUCAUUUGUGGGAGAAAGGAGUCGUUAUAUGGCUUUUUGCACAUUUAUGUAGGCAGGUAGAAAUGUAGGAAGAAGACACAUAAGAAGAAUUAAUGCCUUCUCAUUAAUGCCUCUAAAUAUACACAUAAACAGUUCCCAGUGCCAUUUUGUUUUCUCCUGAAUCUUUUAGGUAAGCCAACUGCUUCCACAUUACUCUUGUGGCGAUUCAACCUCUCAUUUAAGUACUUCUCACUCUAGGUACUGUUAGGCUUAAAGUUACAAAAGGAUUGUAAAUAUUUUGUAAGAUACAAAAAGACUGUGUUCUCCUCAUUUUCUGAGUAUCUCUUUUGUAGCCACAGAAACCAGAACAGGUCGCUGGCAAUUAUAAACUUUUUUUCUUCUAAAACAUUAGAAAUGAAGCAAUCAAAUUUUUAAAUACUUCAGGAACUGCAAAUUAGAGAUACUGUUUAGUAAAGCUUGUGUUGCAGACAGCCAGCAUAAAUUUGACUACAUGUAUCUACUGCCUAUCCUAGAAAGGACAUCUCUACAAUUAUCACAGAAUCAUAGAAUGGUUUGGGUUGGAAGGGACAUUAAUGAUCAUCCAGUUCCAAUCACCCUGCUCUGGGCAGGGCCACCGCUCUGUAGAUCAGAUUGCUCAAAGCCUACAGUGACCAAUUCUGAGCAGAGAUGCAAUUUAUCUUAGCAAGAAGCUAUUUUGCUAUAUUGCUUACGCCAAUCUUGAGAUGUAGAUAAACUAUUAAGACAGUGGUUUUUUACCAGUUAAUGUAUAGACUUUGCUGGCAUAACCUUUUUGGUUAAAAGACACAUAACAAAGGAAAAAAGUAUACGCGUGACCUUAUGCUUUACAAAUACGACCUUUACUGCUUUUUAAGAUGGUAACAAGAAGUAUUGCAGUUACAAGUUAUACAAAUGAGCAACAGUGGCAAUUGCUAAACUGUAAAAUAUUAAUAUAUAUAUUUUAAGGAAGUAAAUACUUUGAAGGAUAUUUCAGUGUGAAGUGCGAUUUGGUUUAUUUUAUUCCAAUUUUAAAGAGUAAUGGAAAAUUUUAAUUGCAAGAUGCAUAAACUUUACUCGAGAACAUGUUUAAAAGGUAUAGAAUAUUUAUUUUGGGAUAAAAAAGAAUUGUUUAAACAAAAAAAAGAGCAACUUAUGAAGUAUAGUUUAGAAGAGCAAAUAUGUAAUAUGAUGACAUUUAAUCAUUUUGCAUUAAAUGUACAGUUUGCUCCUAUUCAUUGUAUGGUAACUAUGAUUUCCAGUAUCUACAAGCUUCUACUUGAAAAUGUCUUUUUCCUGCUAAGUUGCUAGAAGAGAAACUGUCCUUUUAUUCAUCGUGUUUAAAGGAAACUUCAUAAAACACAGAAAUUUUAACAGAAUGAGCAAGUGAGAAAAGAAAAGAAAAGAAAAGA